AUGCUUAGUCUCUCAAUUGCCUCGCCGGGGACGGCGGUGACUUUCCUCCGAGGAAAUGCUUCCGCGAAUUCAACCUCGUCUUCGUUCCACGGUGUCAGAAUCCAGCACCAGGUUUCCGCUCGCGCGACGCCGGCGGCGACGAUUGCUUCUUCGUCUCGUAAGCUCUCGGUGGUGAUGAUGUCGAAAAGAGAGGCGGAAUUGAAAGAUAUCAGAGCGAAGACGACGGAGGAGCUUCUCGAGGAAGUUGUUGACCUCAAAGGAGAGCUGUUCAUGCUCCGUCUCCAGAAAUCGGCAAGGAACGAGUACAAAUCAAGCGAGUUUCGCCGAAUGAAGAAACUUGUAGCGAGGAUGUUGACGGUGAGAAGAGAGAGGGAGAUAGAAGAAGGGAUAGGGAAGAGGCUGUCGAGGAAGCUUGACAGGCAAUGGAAGAAGAGCAUUGUACCGAGACCACCUCCUUCUCUGAAGAAGCUGCAGGAGGAAGAAGCAGCAGCAGAAGCAGCUGAAGCUGCGAAAUCUGCUUGA